AUGGAGACGGGCGGGCGCGGCGGCGGCGGCGGGGCUGUCAGCGCGCGCGGCGGCUGCAGCGGGGCUCGCGCGUCCGCGGGGGGCUGCAGGAGGAAGGCGGCGGCCGAGCCCGGGGCCCUCGCGGCAGACAUGGACUUGCCUCGCGACGGCGCCGCCGACCCGCCGGCCGCCGACCCGCCGCCGUCGGGGAGGAUCAACAAGGCGGCCUUCAAGCUGUUCAAGCGGCGGAAAGCCGGCGGCCCCAUGCCCAGCAUCUUCGGGGUCCGGAACAAAGGCGACGGCAGGAGCUCGGGGCCCGCGGGCCUGGCGCGCAGCAAGACCCACGACGGCCUGGCCGAGGUGGCGGUGCUGGAAGGCGGCAAGCGGGACGAGCCGCGCGGCGGGGACGGCGGCGGCAACGGCGGGGCCCCGCGGGCUGCGGGGAGCGGCGGCGGCGGCGGCGGCGGCUGCGCCCCGGCGCCCGGCUCGGUGGCCAAGUCGCACAGCUUCUUGUCGCUGCUCCGGAGGAACGCGCGGCCGGAGGGCGGGCGCGCGGGCGAGCCGGCGGCCCCGGGCAAGGCGGGCGGCAAACAAAAGCGCGGGCUCAGAGGGCUCUUCGGCGGCGUGCGCUGGCCCCGGAGGGACAAGCGCGGCCCGGCGGCGGCGGCGGCGGCGGUGCCCCCGCCCGGCCUCGCCCCGCGCGGCCUCGCCCCGCCCGGCUCGCUCUCCGCCAGCCUCGAGUGCGUGCCCGAGGAGCCGGCCCGCACCGCGCGCCCGCCCGCGCCCCCGGGCCCCGCCGACGGCCCGCGCCAGCCAGCAGGCUGCGGCGAUGUUAUCGCAGAGCCCGAGGACGAGGCGGGCCCCAGCGGCCAGCAGCGCGCCGCCGGGCCGUGGAAGGCGCGUGUGCCCUGCAAGACCCCCGGCGGCACGGCGGCCUUCCAGGGCGGCGGCGAGGAGAUGGCGAGCCCCGAGCAGGUGGACGACACCUGCCUGCAGGAGUUCUGGGACAUGCUGUCGCACGCCGAGGAAAUGGAGGACCAGGGCCGGGUGCCUCCGGCGCGGGCCAAGGAGGCGAAAGCGGCUUCGGGGCUGGAGAACAGGCCUGCUUCGGAGCGCCCCGGAGACGCCCGGGGCCCCGAGGCGGCCAAGGACUCGGCGUCGACUGUCAAGCGCCCCAGGCUCAGCCGGGUCCCCACGGAGGCCCAGCCCGGCGAGGAGCCCCCGACGCCCGGCGAGGAGCCUCAGCAAGGGGUCCGCCACGGCGACGAGGGCCACCGGGACUCCAGCCCGCCCGAGGUCCCUGACGAGGACCCCGCGGGCGGCGGUGGGAAGGCGCUCCCGCCCCAGGGCAACGGCAGCGGGGACGCGGUCGACGGCCUAGACGGCGGCCCCGCUGUGUCCCCCGCUGGCCACGACGCGGCGCCCUGUCCGGCCCGCCGCAAACCUGGCUCGCCCGUGGCCGUGACCGGCCCGCUGCGCACGCCGGGCAGCCUGCCCAAGGACUCCAGGAUCCCCAUCAGCAUCAAGCACCUCGGCCACCUGCCCGCCGCGCCCCCCGCCGCACCCCAGCAGCCAGCCCGGAGUGAGCUGCCCAGAACGAAAAUCCCCGUGUCCAAAGUGUUGGUCCGCCGGGUCAGCAGUCGGGGCUUGGCAGGGACCACCCUCCGGGCCGCAGCUUGCCACGACGGUGCCAAAAAGUUGUGAGCACUCGAAACGGACCACCUAGCAUGGAACGCGGCGCCCCCUGCAAACCACUGAAAAGCGUGUUGCUGCCCCCAAGGAAAGGCGUUUGGGAUGGUCCUUCCCCGGGAGACUGGAAACAGGAGGCCUUUACAUCGGUCGCACACACCACCGGAGAUGCGGGAUGCUGCACGCAGGUUCUCAGUCCCAGAAAUCCCUGAGAAUUCUUUUCAAGCACUUUUUUUUUUAAAAACUUUUUUUUUUUAAAUCUGCUUUCUCUCGCCCCCACCCCUUCCCCAAUGUACUGCACACUUGGAAGUCACCUUUACUUGCCUUUGCAGAAAACAAGAAAAUCUUAACCCAACCCGAACCCCCUUCCUACGAUGAUAGUUGGCUGUACCGGGAUUCAGAGAGCCUGCCGGAACCCCCCGGAUAACCAGAAGACUCCUCUCUAUAGGGCUUUCCAUCCUUUUUUCCCUUUCCUUUCCAGGAAAAAACAAACAAAACCCGCAAAAAACCAAACAAAGCCAAAAUCGACCCUUUGCUGUAUCACUGUGGAAAAUAACCACAAAGCUGAAAGAGCCAGGUGUUUACCUGAGGAGGAGAUCCGUCAUUGGCAGGAUGCUCGCCUACUUUCAGUGCCAAGUAUGCAAAUUGGUGAAUACCUACUACUGGGGCAAUAAAGGAAGAUUUGGGUUUGUUUGGUUCAGAUCAUUUAUCUGGGGAGAAAUACAUGGCCUAGCAGAGUAGGUUUGCAGGUUUGUUUUUAUGGUUCUCCCCAUCUACUUUCCCUGCAGUGCAGAAAAUCAGGAUCAGGGAAAGAUUUCACUGAAUGCCAAUAGACACAGUAUUUUAGCAUUUGUAGACUGUCACCAUUUCAUGUGUAGAUAAUACAUAUUUUACAGUUGAUCCAGCUGUUAGCAUUUUUUUAAUCUGUCAUUAACCCCCAAGUUUAAGAUCUGGUUUUAUAACUAGCUAGGAUGACUGUCUCAAAUUGCUGAUGUUCUUUUUAUGUACUGUAAAUGCUGGAAAAAUUAUGGUUUUGUUUUAUAUGGGUUAUUGGACUCUUAAGGUAGGGAGAGACAGGCAGACAGGCAGACAGAGAGAGAACUAUUGUGUUGAUGUCCCAGAUAAUUGAUGAAGUCUAUUUAUUUCUCCCCAAACCUUGGCUUAUAAAAAUUUGGAUUUUCAAUCAUUCCAAAAUGAAUAUAAAGAAAAACAAUAGAAAGUAAGCUUUUGACUAAGAUGAUCAUGAUAUACAUUGGCAAACUUAUGUAUUACAGUUUAUUCCAAGAUUUUGAAAAAAGUAGUAUGCUUCUGUGUAUGUUUUCUUUUAUUUUAGAAUAAAAUAUUUAUUUCAAACAUACACCAAAAGGGUCAGCAUCUACCUAGAUUGUUUUAACGAUACACUGUACAUUUUUUAGAAUACCCAUAGCCUCUAAUGAUAACACAAUAUCCUCUUUGAAAUGCACUUUGGUCAAUUUCGUCACAAGACAGAGCUUCUAGGAGUAAUUCAUGAAAUCAGGAAGAUUAGGUAUCUUAAGGUGAAUUUGCACACAUGUGAAUGACACAUGCUGCCCAUGUAAAUCAUUUUCCAUAGGGGCUCAUUAUGCCUAAAUAAUAAGCUGAUAUUACAUUCUUUUAAGCAUUGCUUUUCCUUUUAUUAAAGGAAAGACUAGAGCAAGUUAAGUAUUUGAAAACCUGUUUUAUAAUAUGAAGGGAGUAAUAGAAUUAAUGGCAUCAGAGAAUAAAUAUGAACAAGUAGCACAAAACCCUAUGCUCCCUGUUUUAAAUUUUUAGUGAUGCAACUAGGAAUAGUAGUAAAGAUUCAAUGAAUUUCUUUAUUAUUGACCUUUACUGCAUUGUCAGAGCCUAAUGCCUUUUCAAAGCAUUUUAGUAUUUGGUCUCCUGGCAUCUAUAGAGGGGGUCCUCUAACGGGACAUAGCAUGAAGUACUCUGAAUACACUACCAAGAAUUUAUUAAGCAAUGCACAUGUGAUCUUGCAGUCUACUGCACAACCCAACAAUAGCAACUACUAUAAACUUGGAUAUAUUUUAGAAAUUCUGUCUUGAGAAAGUGACUUCAAUUUGAUUUUAUGCUGAUUAUAGUAUUUUGACUCAAAAUACAAUUUAUUUACCCUGAGGGAAUGUCAAGAAAAUAAAUUUUAUUCCUAGGUAUAAAGCAAAGGAUCUUAAUUUUUUUCUUGUUCGUUCAUUUCCUUACAAGGGUUAUAUUUUCCUUUGCAUGAUUCCAUGAUAAAGUUAUAUCGGUUCAAAGGUACAGAAAGUUAAGAGCACCUGAGGUGCUGAUAAGAAUAUUGUAAUAGUAAAGGAAAUUAAAUUGCCUAUUUUGUAAACACUGGAACAAACUAUUUUGACUUUUACAGUCUAGGAACUUCUGCAUUUAUGUCACUAUCCUUUAUGUUAUGUCUUUUUAUAAGUAAAGAAAAAUGUCAGCAGUGUACCUUAAAUUUCCCUUGCCUGUCAUUUAAUUA